AGUUGUCAUGGAGAUAGAACCGUCCCCGGCGUCUGCUCGCUGGGGUGUUGCCAUGGAGAUCCCGGCUAGAGGUCCGCUCACCGCAGUGCUGGAGGAAGAGAGCAGCUCGCGGCUGGGGUCCGAGAAGCGAAUUCAGGACCUUGGAGAGAAGCGGUGCCGAGGACCCCCUUUCAGCCAAGGGAACUACUACAUGCUCAUAGUGAUCGGAGAGAUAGCGACAGACCACCAGCUGCAACGCGCCAGAGACCACUUAGAGCGGGGGAUCCGCUCCUGGGAUGUCAGCCUCAAGUCAUGUGACCUGGACCAUCAGCUGCAGCUGUUUGUGACGCGUCACUCCGCCCAGUUCUCCGCAGAGGUUAGAGGACAACGGACUCUCCACCACAAGAGUGAUGUCCUAGAGACUGUGGUGUUGGUCAACCCAUCCGAGGAUACGGUUGCUUUAGAGAUCCAGUCUCUUGUCACAGACUCAGCAGGACAUAAACUCCUGGUCCUGAGUGGGCAGAACUCAGACCACGGUGACCUGCUUCUCCAAAGUGGGGUUUUCACCUAUCAGAGCUUCUCACAAGUCUUUGCUGAUCCUGGGGUCAGUGAUUUGCUGGGCGAAGCGGCCCCCGAGCAGCGGGCCACACUCACUGUGUCCUGCCGAGCGGAGGUGGGUUGGAGCUCCCUGGGUCAGCAGCAGCACUUACGGGAGUUCCUUGAGUACAGAUUGAACCCUGAGCCUGUGCUCCCCAAGAUGGAGGGAGUCACAGAGUUCACGGAGUACAUCUCCGAGACAGUAGACGUGCCUUCGCCCUUUGACCUCCUGGAGCCGCCCACAUCUGGAGGCUUUCUGAAACUGUCCAGGCCCUGCUGCUAUGUCUUCCCUGGGGGGAGGGGCGACUCGGCCCUGUUUGCGGUCAAUGGCUUCAACAUCCUAGUAGAUGGAGGCUCUGAAAGGAAAUCAUGCUUCUGGAAGUUGGUCAGACACUUGGACCGCAUCGACUCGAUUUUACUCACUCACAUCGGUGCAGACAAUCUGCCAGGCAUUAAUGGGCUUCUUCAGCGGAAAAUAGCAGAGCAGGAGGAGGAACAGUCACAAGGCUCCGCUAGCUACAGCGACUGGAUGAAGAACCUGAUCUCUCCAGAGCUUGGUGUGAUCUUCUUCAAUGUACCCGAGAAGCUACGUAUGCCAGAAUCAAACCUAAAGGUCAAGCGUAGCAUCGAGGAGGCCUCACUCACGUUGCAGUACCUCAACAAACUGGGAAUCAAGCCGGAGCCUCUCUGUAGACUGGUCAGUAACCCUAUUGAGCCUUUAACUCUUUUCCAUAAGAUGGGAGUGGGCAAGUUAGACAUGUAUGUUCUGAACCCCGUCAAGGACAGUAAAGAGAUGCAGUUUCUCAUGCAAAAGUGGGCGGGUAACAGCAAGGCCAAAACUGGCAUUGUGCUCCCCAAUGGAAAAGAGGGAGAAAUAUCCGUACCUUACCUGACGUCAGUUACAGCAUUAGUCGUCUGGCUUCCUGCCAAUCCUGCAGAAAAGAUUGUCAGAGUGCUGUUCCCUGGAAACGCACCACAAAACAAAAUCCUGGAGGGGCUGGAGAAAUUAAAGCACCUUGACUUCUUGCGAUACCCAGUAGCCACACAAAAAGACAUCGCCUCAGGAGCUCCACCCGCUGUUGUAAAACAGACAAAACUGAAGCAAAGGACAGACAGCAAAGAGAGUCUCAAAUCAUCUCCCAAGACUACCAAAGCCCCAAAGAAAGAAGCAGACGAUGAGGUUUCGGCGACCACAGAGGCAAAGAGUGACUCUGUGAAGGAAGAGAGGAAACUGAAAGAGAAUGAAAAACCCACAAAAAUACUAAAAUCCAAGACUGAUGGACCAGAAAAUAAAAAAUUAUUGAAAGAGAAAUCCUUGAAAAAACACUCAAAGGAAAGGCCAUCCAAGAUGGAUGAGAAAAAAGACAAGGAAAAGAAAGAGAUAAAAAAAGUCAAGAAAGAUGACGCAGCUAAAAAAGAAGACAAAAAAAAAGACCCCAAAGUUGACAAGAAAAAGGAAACGUCCAAACCAGAGUUGAGAAAGAUAACAAAACCUGACCUAAAACCCCUCACACCAGAGGUCAGAAAGACCCUGCACAGGGCAAAAGCGUCAAGUAAACCCAAAACCGACAAAAGCAAAGUCAAAACGGCCAAGGCAGAGCCUGCUGAACCCAAAUCUGAGGAACUAGCAGCAGAUACCAUUCAGCCUGAGCCAUUACAAAAUGGGGCUGUUGAGGGCAUGUCUGCUUCCUCCACUCCAGAUGAUCUUACCAAGCCACCAGAGAGUGCAGUGGAGACACCAGCAGAAGAAAGCAUGACCGAAUCCCCUACCCAGGAGGAGGAGAAAGAACAGGAAACUGUCUCUCAAACUCCAACGGGCACAAAGUCUCCUGAGAAGGGAGCAGCCACAGAAAUGGAAGUUGAGGCUGAAUCUCAAAGAAAAGAGGACAAAUUAGCACAAGAGCAAAAAGAAGAAUUUCAAGCACAGGAUGUGGAUAUCUAUGAGGAUGAGGGAGCUGCCAUUGAGGACGAUGAAGUGGAGGAAAAAGAAGGCCUGAUAGCAGAGAGGAAAACGGUAGAGGAAAGUAUGGGGAUGGAGGAAGAGGAAGAUAUGGGGAUAGGGGAGGAGGAAGAGGAAGGAGAAGAUAACAGACUAGACAGGAAACAUGAGGUGGAGGAAAUGGAGAAAGCUGAAAAGCCCACAGCUAUGGCAAAAGAGGAAAGCAGAAGGCCUUCAUCCCAGGAGGAGGACGAUGAAGAUGUUGUUGAAAAGGCCGAGCUCGAAGAGGUAGAAGACUUAGAUGUGAUAGCUGAUGAAGAGGUCAAAGACAAACCUGAAGCGGGAGAGAAAGAAACAUCGGCCAAGAACUGGGAAAGCAAAGCAGUCGAACAGACUGCUGGAGCCAAAGAGGAGGAUGAGGAAGAUGAGGAAGGCUACAUCUCAAAUGUGGGAGGCGCUACAGCCGACAUAGUUUCAACACUGCAAGGAGCCGCUGCUGCCGAGCCCAUCUCCUUCAUUCAAGACGAAACCAUUCCCGGCUACUCCGAAACUGAACAGACCAUCUCGGAUGAGGAGAUUCAUGAGGAGGCGGAAGACAGGAUACCACACCUUCAAUACGAAGUGGGUACAUAUGACAUCUCUGUCCCAGAUCAGACAGGCUCCUUUGACACCAUCCACGGGAUGAAGGAGAUGCAAGCAGCAGCUAUAGCUGAUGUAACAGCCAAAGGUUUCAUUAGUGGACAGGAGCAAGUAUCAGUAUUCACUAACAUCAUGUCUGCUCCCUUGGCUGAGGAAGAACUUGUUUCCUCAGCCACAUCCAUCACGGAGUAUGAUAAAUUGUCCUCCUUUCCUACCUCUAUUGCAGAGGACCAAUUGGCUACUCCCGUCACUACACCUCAGACUGAGGAAACGGGCAAAAGCUCACUGCUUAAUGAUACUGUUAACAGCGUUCCACUGGCAAUUCCAACCGAGGCCACACAUGGGAAAGAACACUUCCACUCUGCUGGGACCAUCUCACCAACAUCCUCCUUGGAGGACGACAAGUGCUUAAAGUCACCUCCAUCUGAGGAGUGCCUUCCUGUUGUCUCUGAUGUGAAGACUGAGGAUAAGGUCAUCAAGGCUCAUGAUGAAGAGGAAGAAGAAGAAGACCAAACUCCUAACAUUGACAUUUCACGUGAAAAACUACAGGAGAGUUUUGCCUCUCCUCAAAUGUUCCAGGAUAGAGAAAGGGAUGUGGAAAAGCUCCCUGCCUCUGAGUCUCGCGUCUUCAAACCUGUUCAAGAUUUGAAGCUGGGUCACCCACCAGUUGAUGAGGAGGUACAGCUCUUUAAGUCCAAAGAAGACAUCUCAACGGCAGUGCCUUCAAAACCCCUUUCACCUCCACCCUCUUUCUCAAAGCCAUUUAGGUCAGACUCAGUUACUUCAGAAGGUGAAGAGCGGUGCUUCAGUCCAGACGAUAGCACUGUGAAAAUGGCCUCUCCCACACAGUCUGGACCUCCCAGUGCAACCCACUCUCCAACUCACUCUCCUCUUCAUCAGUCACCUGUGGAAGAAAAGACCAAGGGCUUCCCAGGACUGGAACAUCAAAUACAGGAGGAUGUUCAUGAUUCAGCCACCAAAACAGAUGAUGAUGAUGCGAAGACAGAUCAAGAAGAUAAUAAUGAAAAACUAGAUGCUGACAUCCAGAAAGAAAGUCAACAAGAGUCAGAUGCACCACCAUCUGGGGUGAAAUCAUUUGAAAAAGACUUGCCGGUUACAAAAGUGGAAGAAAUAGAUGGUCUCUCCACUUCCAAAGAUGAGAUCCAACCGAAACAGGAGACAACUCCUCUUCCCUCUGAGUCAGUCACAAGGAAAGACGAAGUUUCCUUAUUAGGAAAGGAAUCUUUACGGGAAGACAUUUCUAGUGGUGAGGCUAUACUCGAACACAGUGAUGGGGAAGACGAUGAUGACCAUCAAGAGAAAGAAUCCAAAGUGUGCAGUAAGGCUAAAUUCCCAAAGGAGAAGGAGAGUAGCUUCUUAGAUGAUGAUAACGGUGAGGAUGAUGAUGAUGAUGAUGAUGAUGAUGAUGAUGAUGAUGAUACUUCUGAUGUAAAACCCAUAAAACAGGACAUGAAGGAGAAAGAGACAGAAAAGCAUGACAGACACGAGGCUGAAACCACCAAAGAAGAUAAGAAAGAAAAGGUUGGUUCUACUGAAGCUGAACAAAUCAAGGAAGAUAAGAAAGAAACAGAAAAGGUUGGUACUACUGAAGCUGAACCCAUCAAGGAAGAUAACAAAGAAACAGAAAAGGUGGGUACUACUGAAGCUGAACAAAUCAAGGAAGAUAAGAAAGAAACAGAAAAGGUUGGUACUACUGAAGCUGAACCCAUCAAGGAAGAUAACAAAGAAACAGAAAAGGUGGGUACUACUGAAGCUGAACAAAUCAAGGAAGAUAACAAAGUAACAGAAAAGGUGGGUACUACUGAAGCUGAACAAAUCAAGGAAGAUAACAAAGUAACAGAAAAGGUUGGUACUACUGAAGCUGAACCCAUCAAGGAAGAUAAGAAAGAAACAGAAAAGGUUGGUACUAUUGAAGUUGAACCCAUCAAGGAAGAUAGAGAUUUGAAAGUGAAGGGAAAAGAGGACAUUCAUGAUGCUGAAUUCGUCAAGGACGAUGAAGAUUUGAAAGUGAAGGAAAAAGGUGAUAUUCAUGAAGCUGAACCCAUCAAGGAAGAUAAGAAAGUAACAGAAAAGGUUGUUACUACUGAAGCUGAACCCAUCAAGGAAGAUACAGAUUCGAAAGUGAAGGAAAAAUGUGAUAUUCAUGAAGUUCAACCCAUCAAGGAAGAUUACGAUGGGAAAGUGAAAGAAAAAUAUGUCAUUCUUGACGCUGAUCCCAUCAAGGAAGAUAAGAAAGAAACAGAAAAGGUUGGUACUACUGAAGCUGAACCCAUCAAGGAAGAUUAUGAUGAAAAAUAUGUCAUUCAUGAAGCUGAACCUAUCAAGGAAGAUAAGAAAGUAACAGAAAAGGUUGGUACUACUGAAGCUGAACCCAUCAAGGGAGAUAAGAAAGUAACAGAAAAGGUUGGUACUACUGAAGCUGAACCCAUCAAGGAAGAUAAGAAAGUAACAGAAAAGGUUGGUACUACUGAAGCUGAACCCAUCAAGGAAGAUAAGAAAGUAACAGAAAAGGUUGGUACUACUGAAGUUGAACCCAUCAAGGAAGAUAGAGAUACUUGUGGGGCCGAGCUCAUCAAGGAGGAGAAGUGUGAACCUAUGAAAGAAGAGAACCAGAAAGAAAUAGAGACUAUAUUAACUUCCAAAGAUGAGCUAAGCUCUUGUAUCUCUACCUCUAAAGUGGAGCCAGCCUCAGACUCCACCACAACACAACAACUAGUACAAGAGAAAGAUACCUUUGUGGCUGAUCCCAUGAAAGAUGAGACAAAAGAAAAGAAUACUUUUGACACUGAACCGAUAAGAGAAGAUAAAAUAGAAAAAGAGCGAGAUACCCUUGACAGUGAACCGACGAAAGAAGAGCACAGAGAGAAAGAGAAGGGUGAUACAUGCAUGGCUGAAUCCACCCAGGGGGAGAAUAAAGAAAAGGAUACUUUUUUUGAGAUUGAAGUCAGUCAGGAAGAGAAAAUGGAGAAAGAGAAAGAUGAUACUCAUGUGGCUGAUGUCAGUAAAGAACGGAAGAUGGAAAAGGAGCAAGAGAAAGAAGAUAUUAGUGAUUUCGAAGACGUCAAAGAUCAGAAAGAUAGAGAUAAAAGUUAUGAAGCUGAACCCAUCAAAGACGAGGAAAGCGAGAAAGAUAGAGAUGAACGUUAUGAAGCUGAACCCAUCAAAGGAGAGGAAAGAGCAAAAGAAAAUGAAACAGCUGACAAAGUCAAAGAUGAGAAGAGCAAGGAAGAGACAGAAAAAUAUGAUUCUCAUGAGAUUGAACCUGCUAACGAGGAGGAAGAGCGCACCACCACACAGACAAGAACGGUAGAGAAACUAGAGGGGACGUCUGCGACAAAGCUUGAGUCUACAUUUCAGGUUCAGUACUCAGACGGAGAUGAGGAAGAGGAAGAUGAAUCCAUUUGCAUGGCUGGUGCAGGCUCAAGACCUGUAUCAGUGGAACCUAGACAAUCAGAGCACGACAUCAUGUCUCAACAUCUGCUCUCAACUCAGCCAUCAGAGAAUGUGCUUAGUGACCAAACGAAGGACUGCCACUCUGAACAGGCCACUGGGCCUGCGUCUUCAUUUCCGAAACGGGAGGCCUCUCCUGAUAAAGACAUCAAAGAGCAGCAUAAAGAAGGACAACAUAGACUCUCCCCUGAACUAGAAAAGGACACCAGGACAACUGAGACCACAUCAGCACCCCAUCUCAGCCAAGAGUCCACCAUUGGUUUCCCUACCUUGAAAGAGGAUUCAAUCUCUGCUAUCUCUACCACCAAAGAAGAACCAGGCUCAGACUCCAUCACUACAGACAGCCAGAUUAUAAGUUCAACACUGUUACGCACCGAUAGCCAGACUAUAAGUUCAACACUAUCACGCACUGAUAGCCAGGCUAUAAGUUCAACACUAUCAAGCACCGAUAGCCAGGCUAUAAGUUCAACACUAUCAAGCACCGAUAGCCAGGCUAUAAGUUCAACACUAUCAAGCGCCGACAGCCAGGCUAUAGGUUCAACACUAUCAAGCGCUGACAGCCAGGCUAUAGGUUCAACACUAUCAAGCUCUGACAGCCAGGCUAUAGGUUCAACACUAUCAAGCGCUGACAGCCAGGCUAUAGGUUCAACACUAUCAAGCGCUGACAGCCAGGCUAUAGGUUCAACACUAUCAAGCGCUGACAGCCAGGCUAUAGGUUCAACACUAUCAAGCGCUGACAGCCAGGCUAUAGGUUCAACACUAUCAAGCGCUGACAGCCAGGCUAUAGGUUCAACACUAUCAGGCGCUGACAGCCAGGCUAUAGGUUCAACACUAUCAAGCGCUGACAGCCAGGCUAUAGGUUCAACACUAUCAAGCACCAAUAGCCAGGCUAUAGGUUCAACACUAUCAAGCGCUGACAGCCAGGCUAUAGGUUCAACACUAUCAAGCACCGACAGCCAGGCUAUAGGUUCAACACUAUCAAGCGCUGACAGCCAGGCUGUAAGUUCAACAAUAUCAAGCACCGAUAGCCAGGCUGUAAGUUCAACACUAUCAAGCACCGAUAGCCAGGCUGAACGUUCAACACUAUCAAGCUCUGACAGCCAGGCUGUAAGUUCAACACUAUCAAGCACCGAUAGCCAGGUUGUAAGUUCAACAAUAUCAAGAGUUGACAGCCAGGCUGUAAGUUCAGCACUAUCAAGCAUUGACAGCCAGGCUGUAAGUUCCACUCUCUCGAGCACCGAUAGCCAGGCAGGUGUGGAGGAAUCCACCCAGCAUGAAACACUGCUGCCUUCUAUGACAACAAGCAAAGAAGCAUCUAAUACGGAUGAAAAGACGAAGCAUGUUUCUCAAAAAGGAGAGGAGAAACCAGGCAAGGAAGCUGAGAGGGAAUUGGAAACAGAGCGGGAAGUUGCUUCCCCGGGACACACACAACCUUGUUCAUAUUUUCUCUUGGAUAAAGAUUCUGCGAAGUUUCCGGAGGAAGUGGGCCACAUUGAUGCUUCAAAAGCAGACAGUGCCUCUGAAAAAGUGGAAGGUUUUGACAAAAUGAGAACAGAGAAGGAGGCGAUCAGUGUGAGCUUGCAAGAAGAAAAUCAGGGCUUUGGCAUGUCUAAGUAUGAACCCUAUGAAAAGCCCAUUUCGAAAGAACAGGCAUCAGACAAUAAAGAAGACCGUGAGGUUUCUAGAGAGUUUGAUCGGUCAGCACAUAUUGGCAUUGAUGAUAAUAGGAGAACUAGGCAGGCAGAUGCUGGUGCAGAUGCAUUCGACUCAGAGGACGAGGAAAAAGAGGAACCGCUGUCAUUCAGCAGCGUUGAUUACACUCCCCCACGUUUCACAGAGGGCGAGAGAAGCCCCAGUUGUAGCCCAAGUGCCUUCCCUGAACACAAUGACAAAGAGAAAGGUCAAGAAGAAGAGAGUGAUAGGAAGGAGGGACAUGCUACACCACACGUGGAAAACAGCUUUGCAUAUUCAGAGACUCAAGACAACAAAACCACCCCAGCAGAGCCAUGCUCAUUACCUUUCAAUCUCAAAGAAGAUAAACCUGAAAAAGUUGAGAAAGAUGAAAUGAAGGACGAUGCCUGGUCGGCCCCUCAAACAUCUACAGGAGAGACGGACAAGACUGGAGCAUCUCCUAGUAUAGAGGAGUAUCUGCCAGUCCAGUCAGGCAGAAAGGAAACAGCCUCUCUGUCAUGGGGCCAAUCCAACCUUGGUGCCCAAGCUUCAGCUACUACCAUGCCUUUUGAAGACGUCCCUGAGAAGCAGACAACAGAGAAGGAAAAAGAUGAGCCAGUGAAAGACAAGUUGGAUUCAUCUGAUAGUGAGCGAGGAGACUCUCCCUCUGGUCGCUACUCACCAGCGGAGAAAGACAUGUUACCUCAUCAAGUUUCACCUAAGGAAAAGGAAAAUCAGGCUACUGCUGCCCCCCUGGCCGCAUAUUCAGGACAUCUCAUAGACGAUAAUGUUCUUGCAUCUGAGUACACUCAAAUUGGCAGCUCUAUCUCCAGUAAAUCUACAAUGGGCUAUUCUGAGAGAGAAGACACUCCGGAUAGUGUAUAUAAGAGGCUACUGGUGGUAGGAGAGGAUUAUGAUGAUGAUGAUGAUGAUGAUGAUGAAGAUGAAGAUGAGGACGGUGAAGAUGCGGAGGAAGAAGAUGAAGAAGCCAGUGAUCUAGAUGUGGAGAAGGGUGCAAGAGAGCAGUCUGAAAAAGAAAUCUGUAAAACUACAUCGGAUGAUACAACACCUUCUAAACUUCUUGUUACAGAAGAAGAGGACAAGAAGGCCCUCUCACCCGAACCCAGCCUCCUCAAAAAGGAGGAACCUACCCAUUCAAUGACCACAAGCAGCCCUCCACUGGUAGAUACUGCAGAUUCCCUUUUGAAGAAUGUAGUUGGUGCCUCGCCACUCCAGUCUGGCAGUUCCACUGCGAUGGAACAAACAGGUUCUGGAGGAUAUCCUUCUGAAUCUUCAGAGUAUUCCGAGGACAGCCAGCUGGGGUUAAAGGAGGAGAGGUUUGACAGUCCUGACCUAUCUCUGCCAACCAAGUCCAGUGAAGAUAAACAUUACAGUCAGGGAGACAUUGAAGCUGAGAGGCAGAGAAGCCCAGAUACCGCUAGUCGAAAACCAGAGGAAGCUCCUUCGUCUUACCUCCCAUCUGCCUCAGCUUCUCUAUCAACCAGCCACCAGUUUCGAGAGGAGGUAGAGACUCCCGUCACAGUGUCUAGUGCCCCCUACAGGACAGAUUCUGAGGUUGCUUCUGUUGAGUAUUCUUCAUUCAAAGAUGAAGACUCCUCAGUCAAGCACUCAAUCCUCUCAACCUCAGGGGUAAUACUAAAAGAGGAGUACCUAGAAGCCUCUGAAAAGCUUACCUCUACAACUACAUUCAGUCUGACACAAGUCUCUCCAGUCUUACCUACUCCAGCCAAAGACGCUAUUCAACAAGACACAUCGUCAAGCCCUAAAAUGGACAAGGGUCAGACCUCUGAUACCUUUCAUAAACUUGAGGGCAUUGUUGAAACCAAAACCAUGUCUGCUGGGGCUUCAGAACCAUUAAGUUCCCAGCUGUCCAAACCCGCUGAAACCAUAUCCACUUCGAGGGCUCUCUUUGAUGUUUCCCCAUUGCAAAGAGCUGACUCUUCUGACAGAGAAUCCCAGGGCUCACUGGGCAGCAAAGAGUCAUACACUUUUGAAAUGGAGGACAGUACUCUUCCAUGCCGCAUUGAAUGCCAGAAAUCUUCAGUGACAGAGCAAAAAGAAGGCAUUUUGUCAAUGACUGAGACACACAUGGUCACCAUCGUCUCCAGUACAACCACAACAGUGACCCAAUCUGAUGUGGUGACAAAACCACAGGAGUCAACUGAAGCCUCUUCCAAUGGGUCUACUGAGGUUAGCACAAGUUCCCAAGAAGUCUUCAGUGGAGCAAGCAAAGCCUCUUGUGCCACAAUGUCAGAUCUACCUAAAUCUGAUCUGCUUAAAUCUGAUCAGAAAAAGGAAGAAGAAGAAGAGACAAAGAAAGAGAAAGAUAAGAUGGAAAUGAAAGAGGAGGAGAAGGAGAGCAAAGUAGAGACCCUAAAGGAGGACAAGGAAAUGCCAGAGCAAAAGGAUAAGGAGGAGAAGAAAGAGAUGGAUGAGAAGAAAGAGAUGGCUGGAGAGAAGGAAAAGGUAGAGGAAAAGCAAUUGGAGGAGAAAGAUGGGAAGGAGGAGGAGAAGAAAGACCAGACUGAUGAGGAGAGUGAAAAAGAGAAGGAGAGGAAAGAGGGAGAGAAAGAGAAAGUAGAGGAUAAAAAAGCAGAGAAACAGGAAGAGAAGACGUCCGAAAGGAGAAGGAGUAGCUUAUCUGACUGGGAACUCCUACAAGGGCCGGGCGCAUGCCCAAGCGCCCCUCCAGGCUAUGAAGAUGACAGGGAAGAGGAGGAGGAGGAAGCGUACGAAACGGAAGAAGCAGAAGAAGCAGAGGAAGAAUACGGUCAAGAAGAAUGCGUAGCUCCAGGCCAGCCCACCCCGCUGUCCACAGCAGAACAUGCCCACCAUACAAAGGCAUCUGCCAAAACAGAUGGAGAAUCCAGUCGUCCCACUGACCUGCAUAUGGAGGCUACCUCCUCGUCCCCCCCUAGCUACUCCUCAUGUGAAUACAAACACCGCAAAGGAGAAAUCUCCCCAUCCUUCAUCAACCCCAGUCCACACGCCCUCUCCAGUGAUGACGGCGAAGAGGACAAAGGGAGCGACCAAUCUCUUGAGGGGGAUGAAGACGACCGCGAGCAACACUCGGUCAAGAGGAGGUCUCACAAGCAGAAGCGACAUCUCACUCAAUGUGGAGCUGCUGGAGCAGGGGAGGGGUCGCAACCAGUUUCCAUGCCUCCCGGUGGCAUGGCAACUGGACUCGGGGUGGUGCUCGCUGGAGAGGAGACGCCCCCCACAUCAGUGAGCGACUCGUUAGCGACGCAGUCUGACUCAGACGUACCUCCAGAGACCGAGGAGUGCCCGUCGAUUACAGCAGAGGGAAACCUGGACUCAGACGAAGAUGCAGAACACCUGCCGGUGGAUAAACUAUCUGCCUCUGCCACCGGAGGGGGCCAUCAACCUCCCUCGCCCAGAUCAGCUGCGAAGGUCCACGACCCCCUACCUGCCCCUAUGAAGGACCCCCUCCCACACCCGCCACACCCUGACGUGUGCAUGGUGGACCCAGAGGCCCUCCCUAACGACCAGAGCAGCACGGAGAAACUUCUCAAGAAGGAUCACAAGACAACCAAGAGCCUGCGGAAGGGCCUGGGCAAGCCUAAGUCUGCGUCCCCAGCCCGGAAGGGGAAGAGGUCCACCACCCCUGUGAAGCAGACCUCCAAGGACUCCUCGCCUCGAUCGGCCUCUCUGAGAAGGAGGGACACGGAAAGGAGCUCCAGGCUGACGCAGAAGUCCGAGGGCCUGGGAUCCAAGGGUGACCUACACGCUCCAGGGAAAGGCCUGGUGAACGGCGUCAAGAGCAAUUUGGGUACCAACUCCCAGAAAUCUAGUUCAGCCGUCCCCCCUGGGCCUCCAAUCUAUGUGGACCUGGCCUAUGUGCCCAACCACUGCAGUGCCAAGAACGUGGACCAGGAGUUCUUCAAGCGGGUGCGUGCUGCGUACUACGUGGUGAGCGGCAACGACCCGGCCGGUGGAGAGCCCAGUCGUGGUGUCCUGGAUGCCCUUUUGGAGGGCAAGGCCACAUGGGGCUCCAAUCUACAGGUGACUCUGAUCCCUACUCAUGACACGGAGGUGACGCGGGACUGGUACCAGCAGACGCACGAGAAACAGCAGGAUCUGAACAUCAUGGUCUUGGCCAGUAGCAGCACAGUGGUCAUGCAGGAUGAGUCCUUCCCUGCCUGCAAGAUUGAGUUCUAAGUUCUGCACCCGUUGCUAUUUUACCUUCCUCUUCCUCCUCCCCUCAUCCGUGCUACUCUUUAUCCUCCCAUAUGUAAGAUUCCAUUGCAUUUGCUGUCGUCUUCGGCAUGUGCACUGGCUUCCAACUGGUCAAUGUUAUCUGACAACAGCCAGCUACAGUAUGUCAGGCAGAAACAUAGCUAAAGUACAGGGUACAUGGUAGCUGUACAAAGGUGUGAUGCAUAUUUGUUUCAAUUAUGCUUUCCAUUUAAACAACAUACUUGCACGAUAAAAACACCUCUUUAUUAGAUUCGGUCUUAAACAAUAUUGUUUUUUUCUCACAUAUAACCUCUCCAAUGUGCACAUAUUGUGAUCACGCACAUCUGUGAUGAGGAUAAUUCUCAAUAGUUAUUUCAGCUUUCAAAUCACUGUACUGCACCUCAAAUCCACAUCUAAAUGGACAACACUUUCCAAUUAAAAGUGCUAUCUUAACAAUGUAUCGAUUUGUCUAGCGUUGUUGGGGCAUCUAGUGCCUAAUGCUACAUUAAGAUUGUGCACAGUUAAGUCACAUUCAACAUGUGAAACUUAAACACUCUUACUUAUUGUCUUAAACUCAACAGAGAAAUACAAAAUGAAAAUAAAAUGUAUAAAUUGCUUAUCCAAAGGGCCAAAGUAAGUGCCAAAACAGUCUUGAGGUAAGACAGUGGCUGUGUCCGAAAUCUGGCUUGCCUACUACUUACCUAAACUGUAUACUGCGUACUAAUUGUACUACAUACUACAAUGUACUUAGUAAAAAACGUAUGCAGCAAGCAACAAAUAUCAACAUACUACUCAUCCAGAAUGAGAAGGCAUCAUCAAACGUGUUAUCGCACUUGUUCCCCCGUCAUUUGUUCAUUUUUUGUAAAGCACAUCUGAUUAUCAGCUGGUGUCGAAUGAGGGCGGCUGUGAAAAAACGAUUCACUUCCUCAAUAGUGUGUAGUAAAUUCUACCAGACGAACAGCCUAAAUAAGUAUGACAUCUGGGCAUUUCAUGAAUACUCGAUUUUCGAAAUUUCACAUACUCAAACAGCCUACUAUUUAGGAUGCAAGUAUGGAUAUUCGGACACGGCCAGUUGUUAACGCUCUCCAAAAUAAGUCCAAAACCGUUACGAGAUGAACAGUUACUUGAUCUCGCUUGUACGCAGACUACGCACAAUGUUGUAUAAUGGUAGUAGCUUAGUAAGUAUCCUAAAUUGAGGCUUUGUUUUCGAUAUAUAAGACAUUACUCCUGUUUGGAGAUAUUACGUAAGAUGCAGCUCUAGAUGCUGUACCGUUUGACUUUCUCAGUACUCUUAACUACGUCAACUGGUAUUACAGAGGACUAUUACCACAUAGCUUGUCGUGAAGCUUUAGGAGGGGCCUGAAAGUGCUACUUUCAGUUUAAAUAACUAGCUAGCUUUUAUGAAUUAUUUUUCCUCAGUAGCUGAAGCAUGAUUCUUGCAUUUAGCUCAGACUACUCCCUCGAGGAAGUAGAGUUUUUUUUUUUUAUUUGACCAUGUGUCUAAGUCCUUGCAGUCUUCAAGUAGGGAGUAGCCUAUAAACAUGUUCCAAUACCUUACCGUUUGGCUGUGUGUUUGCUAAAAUGAACGCUACACUGUAGGCACCAGGCAAAGAGAUGGUUCUCUUGCAUUAGCUAUAUUUCUGCUGGAUGUAAUGGUUCUUUAUCAAUAUAUGAAGCAGUGGAGGCUGCUGAGGGGAGGAACGGCUCAUAAUAAUGGUCGGAACAGAGUGAAUGGAAUGGCAUCAAACACAAUGGAAACCAUGGAAUUAAUGUGUUUGAUGUAUUUGAAACCAUUCCACUGAUUCCGCUCCAGUCGUUACCACGAGCCCGUCCUCCUGUGAUCUGAAGCCAUUAUCAUGGUCUUUGUUGGUAUGUUGAUACAUGGAGAGAUUGUGUUAUAACACAUUAGAGAAGGAUGUUUAAAUGAAUGCAGCUGAUUGGUCAGGACAGAGGCAACCGAGAUGAAUGUAUUAUGUUUUGAUGUUUUCUCCCGUUUUCAGUUAUAUUAUACUGUCUGUAUGAAACUAUUUAAUGAAUUGAUGGAAACUGCAUUGAUUUUCCAUGGCGAAUGUAGCAGUAGAGUCUACUCCGUCCCACUAAAACAGGGUUGUGUGGAGGUUGUGUGAGUGUUCUUGUGCAAAAAAAAAAACAUGACUGCGGUGGUAAACAAUCGCUCUCAUGUGCCUUCUGGUUGGGGUAUUGGUCAAGAGAGAAGGGUUACUUUUAUAGUAGGCAUUAUGGAGAGGGGAACCUGGAUCCAAGGAUAACACAAGAAACUGUGGAGAGGGGAACCUGGAUCCAGGGACAACACAAGAAACUGUGGGGAACCUGGAUCCAGGAAUAACACAAGAAACUGUGGCGAGGGGAACCUGGAUCCAGGAACAACACAAGAAACUGUGGAGAGGGGAACCUGGAUCCAGGGACAACACAAGAAACUGUAGAGAGGGGAACCUGGAUCCAGGAACAACACAAGAAACUGUGGAGAGGGGAACCUGGAUCCAGGGAUAACACACGAAACUGUGGAGAGGGGAACCUGGAUCCAGGGACAACACAAGAAACUGUGGAGAGGGGAACCUGGAUCCAGGGACAACACAAGAAACUGUGGAGAGGGGAACCUGGAUACAGGGACAACACAUGAAAUGGUGGAGAAGGGAACACUUUAGAAUAUCAAACAAAUCCAUAGUUGUUGUCCAGGAAUACUGCAUCUAGUCUGAUCCAUGUGGAUGGAUGCUGUAUACUGUAUACACACCGUUGGUAGGUGAAAAGGUAAUUAGCCAGCUUAGACAGCACAUUUUAGAUUCAGUUUCUUAUCAGUUUAUUGCUGGUUAGCAUUUGUCCCCUAUCUUAAAGUGCCGCCCAGAAAAUACAUCAGACAAUAACGUGGUCAAAGAGCAAGAAUGCACUUUUCAAAGGGGAGAAGAGGAGCUUAGGAGUGGGGCCGUGGUUCUAGUGAGAGAAGCACACAUGUUAUUUUUAUUUUUAUUCAGCGUUCUUUACCAUAACGUGGACUAUGGUAGCCUUUGAUUUUAGAAUAGGUGGCUAGAGCAAACACUCCAUACUGUAUGUGAAGACGUUCCAACAAUAACACAAGGUAGAUAUUUAUCAAAUAAAAAUAAACUUUUCAACCCUAAGAUCAUAUUUAUCAAACGAACAUGAAUGUGACGUUGAUUGUCGUGGAUAGAGAUGUGGCACGUGUAUCACAGGUCUUACAAGUAGAAUGACGUUUUGUGUUGUAGUACAUGCUUGAGUGACACACACAGAGAGACAGGGACAACAUAGUGUGUCUUCAAAGUUACCGUUUGUGGUGGGUAAUCAGAGGUGGAGCUUCUUACUUUGUCACACUGUUCAUUGGAGCUCAUUACAAAACGUGAUUCAGAUUUGCGUUAAAUUCCAUAGAGAUUAUAGAGUCACUUUUUGAUUGUUUUAUGUUUUAUUGUACUUUUCUGGUCGUUUUUUUUGUAGUUGUAUUAGUUCAAUUAAUUGAUGUAUAAAUUAUCAGUAUUAGAUUUUUUUCAUUGAUUUGAAUUGUUUUUCAAUAUUUCAGUUACAUGUAGGACUAACAAUUAUGAUUGUCUCUUUUGUUUACAUUUCCUAGAUUGUAUUUUUGAAAAGACUGGCUAAAAAUGUAUUUUAUAAUAAGCGUCUGAUUUUCAGCAUUCUUUUUUGCUUAGUGAUUCUUAAAUGUAACGUGUUUAUGUUUAGAGCUGCUGUGUUGUGUGUUUGGGGCUCCUGGCUUGAGGCCAGAGAGAGUGGACUGGGUGGGGCAGACAGAGAUUGCUGGAGAGACUGUCUAUGACUCAUAGUUUGCAGACGGACAGACAUCCUUUACAUCGACCUGCAAGAGGAACAUUCUCUCCCUCUAUCGGAUCCAGAACCUAACUGAGUCUCCUCUUAGGCUAAACCCAUAAGAACAGUGCCAUCUUUGUCGUUUUUUCUUCUGAACUUACUCAAAUGUACGCUGCUAUAAUAGGCUGCAGGACAGCUUCCCCCAGGUCUGUUCCUAGCCCGGCCCACUCUCUGACUAGCAACGCUGCAGAGCUAGCUGGACUCGCGGCUCCGGCUGUAUGGUUUCUUUCAGUAUUAUUGAGAUACUACAUUUUGUUAGCUUUAGAGUUAGUAUGCACUGCGAAUGCGUUGAUAUGCUUGUCAUGUUGAUUAAUAGGAAGGUCAGAAUAGCUGCUACGCUGAGUGAGAGCAUCUCUAUCCUCAUGGGAUAGAGAUGGAGGAUGUUUAUCAAAUAGCUGUGUAUGCGCAACUACAUAUCCCGGGAUAGAGGGGCCACACUAAGCCUACGACAGGUUGUCAGUGAAGGUACAAAUACAUGGCUUUGGAUAUAUUACAAUGUCGCCACGAACUACUGCUUCUAAACUGAUCAUAUCAAUCUAAGUCUCUCUACCCCUUUUUGGCACUCUAUGGCAGGUACAGAUCUAGUACAGGGUAGGUAAGGGGGAAAUCUGAACCAGGCUCAAGAUUGGCUGUUUAACGUAUACUGUCUAUGGCAUGGGUUUUCUGAAUGGGCUGAUAUGGUGUAUUGUCCUCAAGUCUGACUCAAGUCUGAGUUUUGUUUUAAGUUGUGGUGGAGCAUCUUGGUGGUUCGAUUCCAAAUACCCAGCCUUAGGAUCAAGCACCCUGGGCCCCUGGCAGAUGGCUGUGAAAUGCUAAGUAAAAAAGAAUAUACAAAAUAUGACUUUGCAGAAUGCACUAAACCUUAAAUAAUACUAUUGGUACUGUUCUGAAUGCUGCUGGACAAAAAAACCCGAACAAAACAGAAUUGUACGCAAAUAUCUAAGUGAUAUAUCAGUGGAGGAAAGCCUAAGGAAGAGACAGACUACUGUAUUCAGAUUUAAUUUCAAGAACAAUGAUUGUAACUCAAAACGGAUAGCACAGUUUAUUCAUAUUGCAGUGGCUGUUGUUUCAUUUGCGGUUCUGUCCCAAGAGGAGAAAACUGUAAUUUAUGACAACACAAAGACUUGGUGUCCUAUACUAACAGAAACAUACUUACAAUAACACAGAAACUAACUGCAGCUGAAACUUUUCCUGAAUAUGACUUGAAAACACAUUGGAGACAGAAAAAAAUUACGAAUUAGUCAAAUGAAUGAUACAUGUACAUUUAUGUACUGUACACAACUAUGUAUAUACACCUUAAAACAAAAUCUAAAUAGAUAUGUUAUGAAACGUAUGAUCCUUCUUGUUAUUUUAGCAGAUUUUCAUCAAGUGUAUGAUCAAAACUUCCCAAGCCUUGAACAAAGAAUCAUAGCCAAUGCUAACUAGGUAGCUACAGAUGAAAAAUAAACGUCUUUCAGUUUAAUUUCCAUUCUCCCAACUCUCUCAUCAUAAAAAGAUUCUUUUGAACAUAUAUCAUUGUACCAUUUUAUCUCUCUGCAUGUGAACUAUUUGGUUAUAAUCCUGAAUGUAAUUGUUUAUUAACAUGAAAAUGAAAACAGGAAAUGCUCUUUUAAAAUGGUAUAUUUGAAACAGCUGAUUGUUUAACUGGUACUGGGAUGGCAUAUAUUAUUACUGUGCUGUGCUUGACUGUUUUGCCCUAAGAUGUUGUUAUAAUAAAAAAUGUUGUAGUUCUUCGGUCUUUGUCGCUGUAUUAAUCUUAGUUCUGUUACUAUCUUCAGUGCAAUUGUAGAAAAUUCUCUCUCUCUCUCUCUCUCUCUCUCAUUCUCUCUCUUUAAAUCUAAAAUGCAAAACUACAACUAGGCCUACCGCAGAUUAAUUGUAAAAGGGAAACAGCCUGGUGAUCACCAAUAAAAAUGCAUUUAUUGAAAUCAGA